AUGACUGCAAGUGCGGAGUUCAUGCAGUGUGAUCGGGAAAGAGUUCUUCGUGUCUUCCAUAUCUUUCAUUCCCGGUAUCUCCCCAGAAUACUAUACCCUGCGAUGGCAGCAUUCGAUCCAAGCUGGGAUCUUUGGUCUCCCCGUGCAGGGCUUGCUGCGCUUCUCUUGAGUGUCUGUCUCGCAGUAUGGAGAUGGACUCGCCCCAGUCGAAACAUUCCUGCACAGUUAGACACAACGACCACAGCGGUAGACCUCAAGUCUCCGUCUAUCACGCCGCUGGAAGGGUUCGACUGGGAGACGACGGAGCCGUUGCAGUUCCGGCCGUUUCGGGGGAAAGAUAAGUAUAAUCUGACGAUGGGUGAGUCUCUCGAGAACCUGGAUCCGUCUGAGCUCAUUCCCAUGGAUAAGACAUACAAGGAGCGUCUCGCUCUGCGCAAGUCUCUACUUGAGCAGCACCAUGACAUCGUAGUCGCCGUCAACAAAACCUCUGCAGAGGAGAAAGGCACUCAAGAUGGCGAUGAAGACCCGCGCAUUCGAGAUGCCGUCGGCGAGCUCUACUCGUUCAUACUGGGCACAUACCUGCCCACUCGCUAUCCAAGCAUGUUCAGACUACACGAAAGACAAGCACCGAACAGCACUACAUCCUCAACUACCAAAACCAACAACACUAACAACACUAACAACACAACCGAGACCAUCUUCGAGAACCGCGUAACAGGCGCCACCUGGCCCACCCACCUCCAACAAACCACACCAACGAUCCACGCACUCGAGAUCCUAGCCCAGACGGUGGACGAAGAAUUCCUAGUGCUGUUACCAGACUUCUCACUAGAAACCGAGGAGGAACCCAAAUACAUCUUGCAAGCCUACGCAACCUGUUUCCCCUCGGGGUUCAAUACCCGCGAGAAACUCGGUCUGCGUCUGGCAGACAUCCACGGCCCCGUGCCCGGGUAUCAAGCGAAACUGGAGCGCAGCAUGGACCGGUUCUUUGCGCGGGUUGAGGUCGGGAGGUUUGUGAGGCGGGUGAAUUGGAGUGUGACGACGGCGACGGAGCUUUUUGCUGCGUUUGGGGGUACGCAUGGACUUGGACUUGGACUUGGGGGAUCUGGUGAUGGGGAGGCUAUUCGGCCUGGGGAGCUGGAUUUGAAUCAGACUGUCCUCCGCUGCGAACGCCAGACCUUGCAUCGGCUGCCGCGGUCCAAGGCCCUUGUCUUUGCCUUUCACACGUAUACGUACCCCGUGCGCCAGAUCAAGGAUGAGGGUCUGGGCGAGGAGCUGGCUACUGCGAUUGACGGGCUGAAGAAGGGGAAUGUGCCAGACAUGCACUCGUAUAAAAAGGGUGAUGUGUGGGGAGAGGCUCUGAAGGAUUUCCUACGGUCGUAG